GCCAUCCAAUAGCAAUCCCACACGUGGCGGCAACAACACACUCUCGAGAAGAAGAAAGAAGGGCCUGCUUCAUUUCAGCAAAAUCCCCCCUUCCUCCGGGUUGUACGUUUCGAAGCAGCGGUAAAGCACAGAGUACAACACCCUCACUGCAACAAGAACUUCCCUUAUCCAUGGCGGCUUCUUUCAUUAUACUGUCUAGCCCCUUCGCUUCCAGCACACUCAGCUUCUCAAACAAAAACCCAACAGGUUUUCAGAGGAGCUCUUUGAGAGUAAACGCAUUUGCCACCAAAUAUGAACCCACUAAGGUUGUGCCACAAGCUGAUAGAGUUUUGAUUCGCCUAGAGGCUCUAGCUGAGAAAUCAGCUGGGGGAGUUUUGCUGCCAAAAUCAGCUGUUAAAUUUGAACGGUACCUCGUCGGAGAGGUUCUUACUGUCGGUGCCGAGGUUGAGGAAGUAAAGGCUGGAAAGAAAGUUAUGUUCUCCGACGUAAGUGCAUAUGAGGUUGAAUUGGGAACGGACGACGCGAGGUACUGCUUCUGCAAAGCCGGGGAUCUGUUGGCUGUGGUCGAGUAGAGAUUUUAUAGUGUUUUAGUUGUUUCGUGUUAAACCCUAGUUCCGAAAAAUAACAUUAUUUUGUGUUUCAAGAAUCUGUAAGAAUAUAUGAAUUUUCACCAUUAUAAUUCCUCUUCUUUUUUCUGUCUU